CACACGCAGCAGUGGAAUGACUAUGGAAUUCGGACAAGGACUGACUUGAGUUGGAGUUCCUGGGGUCAAAGGGUGCAUUAUAUCUACACCGCUCGUUCUCUGAAUCGUGGGUGUCUUUCGACAUGGCUACGAAGGCGCAAAAUGCGCCUGGCUCAAAACAGUCCGCGAAUGCGGGCACUCCCAAUCAAACUUUGUACCUGCGAAAUCUUCCGGAGAAGAUCAACAAAAAUGAACUUAAACGCGCCCUCUACAUGUUAUUCACCACCUACGGACCAGUCCUCGAUAUCGUUACCAGCAGAGUCGGCUCGAAAGGCCAGAGUAUGCGCGGACAAGCACAUGUUGUCUACAGAGAUAUCCAAACGAGUACGCAGGCCAUGCGAGCGCUGCAGGGGUUUGACUUUUUCGGGAAAGAAAUGGUCAUUGUCUACGGCAAAGGACUGUCCUCCAUAAUACCCAAACUUCGAGGCACUUUCGAACCUCCAAGCACAGGCAGUGGUGCAAGCGAGACUACAGCUCUACAAAAAUCAAUUUUCAACGCUCCGCCUUCUGGACUUUCGGAUAGGCCAACAGAGAACGGCCAAACGCAGUCCGAAGUCAACGGUGAACCUCAUGGCACCAAACGAACAAGAGAAGAAGAGGAAGACGAGGACGAUGAAGUAUCAAUGGAAGAGGACGAGGAUGAUGCUCCGAUGGAAGAAGAUGACGAUUGAAGCCUUUGACUCAUUCUUUGGAGAGGUAUGUCUGCUUUAGGCAGGGUGAAUCUACAGUUUGAAGUCUCGGAAAGCGAUUCGAGGUCUCGGCACGGAUUCGAUCUUGACCGGCCCUCAACUCGCACGCCAACAUUACAUCCAACUUGGAAUGAAGCUUUUCAAGAGCCGUUUGAUGGUCUGGCUCGAUGUGCUGAUUUCGAGUGUGGAUGACUUUACUCUGCAAACAGCGCACUCGGCACAUAUAAUCCCACCGACGUACCAAUCAGACCAAGCCAGAGCAAAAGAUACUCCUCCGGGGACAAGUCUCUUUCAGGCUUGAGAACGGAAAGCGCUUCUGGGGUGUUGCAAGGAUGUAUGAAAUAUGCGGGUUGGUCAGAGAUUGGGUGAUGCUGCACCAUUAGCGUUCGCAUCCAUGAUUCUUGUGGCGAACAGCUCCCACUUACUGCCAUGCUGAUUCCUCCCAUCACUCCGACAGUACGGAGUGGCUCUUGCGAAGUCUUUGGUACUAGCAAGUCGUAUAUUUGGUCAAGGCCAAAGUCAGCCUUGCCAGGAAUAGGAAGGCAUGAGAACCAGAGAACAGGGACGCUGUAUAUUGGCGAUAGGGUGAUGGAGAAGUUGACAUCUAAGCGACUUGUAUCGUCCUUACUGUCAACGACCUGGGACUCUCAGCGAAUGUUUAGAUUCAAGAGAAAAGUCCAUACAGUAUCCCGAUCGGUUGUUUCAGCUUCCACGAUCUUAUGCAACUCCUGCUCGUUCUCUCCACUUGCCCUCGUACCUUCAAUGAAUCUUCU